GGGACCUGCGCGGCAAAGUCGUACUGCUGACGGGCGCGGGCGGCGGUCUGGGGCGCGUCCUCGCACUGGCGCUGGCGCGCCGCGGCUGUCAGAUCGCCUGCGCGGACGUGGCGCCCAAGCCCAACAAGCAGACCGCCGACGACGUCGUCCGCCAGACCGGCGCCGUGGCGCGCGCCUACACGACGGACCUCAGCAAGAAGGGGGACGUCGACGCCCUCGUCGCCGCCGCCAUCAAGGACUUCGGCCACGUCGACAUACUGGUGAGCAACGCCGGCCAGCUGGAGGGCGGCGCCGUCUGGGACGUGACGGACGACGGUCUCGACCUCAUCCUCGACGUGAACCUGCGCGCCACCAUGCUGCUCGUGCGGGCGCUCAUGCCGCACAUGCGCGCCCGCCGCUCGGGCCACCUUGUGGCCGUCAGCUCGCUGGCCGGGGAGCUGGACAUGCCCUGCAUCGCCGCCUACGCCGCCACCAAAGCGGGCCUCUCUCGCUUCAUGGGCUGCCUGUACCAGGACCUAUGCCGCGAUGGCCUCGGCCAGGACAUCCACAUCACCACCAUACGGCCCUUCUUCAUGGCUACGUACCAGAGGCUCGUCGACUCCGUCAAAUUCGGCAAGUUAACUCAGUGGCUCUUGCCCUUCAUGGACCCCGCUGAGUCGGCAGAGCUUAUGGUCGACGCGAUCGCGCGCCAGGACCACGUCGUCAACCUGCCGUUUCACCUGGCCGCCCUGGCGGUCAUCUUGAGGUUGCUGCCGUACUCCGUGGUGGCGUUCAUCGUCAACAACAUCGUCAAGUUCGACAUCCCGCAGCUGGUGUCGUACCAGAAGCGGCACCAGGAGCUCGACGCCGACCUGCUGCACGAGCUGCUCACCAAGAAGUACACCCUGGACCAGGACCCCGAGCCCGUGUGCCGUCGGCUCGCCGAGGAGCUCGCCGCCGGACGGCCGCUGCCCCACGACUACAAGCCGCUCGCCGCAGGGGUCGAGGCCUUCUACCGGCAGCACCAGAGGCCCGUCCCCGAAGCCGUGCGGAAAGUCUUCCCCUCGCUGUCGUAGCAGACAGAGAGCGGACAGCUACAAAGGACGAGGGACAGCUACAGACAAUGGACAUCCACAGACAAGCGACAGCGACAGAGGCACGAGAUGACAGGGGACAGCUACAAAGGCACGAGGUGACAGGGGCACUAGCACACAGUGGACAGUUUACCCUCCGACAGGCCAUGGGACUGUCUAACAACGGGUGUCAGCAUCGUCAGUUUCGCACUGUCUUUGUACUGAAAUUGAGUAAGCCGAUCAGGAAAUGUCACGGUCAUUUAGUACGAUUAAAAAAUCUCAAUCAAGAAUCGAUCUUGAAAGCAGAUGAUACAAAUUUAAGAAUAGGUCUGUGUUCUAAUUUUCUUUCAUAUUUAGCUACGUAAAGGAGGAGAUAAGGGCGGGCACAUUGACCGGCGUCGGUAGCUCAGUAUCGUUGGGUCUGACGGGAACAGAUUGUCGGCGGGAGGGCAGCCCUGUGGGAGUAUAAGUAUUGUUGGGCAGGGUAAGGGGAGGGGCCUGAAGCGACACUCACUCAGGCACUCGGACACGGUUCCGCCAGCGCUAAAAAAAAUGGUUUUCUGGUCUCCGCUUGAUUCUCUUGCCGUUUCGAGAGUAAAAGCUAGCUGACACCUUUAAGUUACUUAUAUAUUCUUUAUAUUUAGUCCAAGGGUUUUCAAGGUAUCAUCUGCUAAAAAAUGGUGUGCUUGCCUAUGUUGCCGUCAGGGUGCGCGCCUGUCGGCGAAGCCCUCGGUCCAGGGGCCCACCCUUGUUCCUCACAGUCAGUUGUGCAAUAAACGUUUAAGUAACCAAACGUGUCGUCCUGUCUAGGGUUUUAAGUCCGGUAAUUUUACAUGUAAAAUUACAUUAAAUUUACGGGAAAAUACCGGGUAUUUUUUUUUUUUUUUACUUACAUCGGUAAAAUUGAAUUAAUUGGUUUCCCGAGGCAUAGGUUUGUUUCUACUAAUAGAGGUUUAGUCGUUAGUGUUUUGAGGACAAGGCAUCAACUUUGAAGGAAACAUAUUUUUAUGAAUUUUUAGAAAGUCAAAGUAGCUAAACUUAAAAUGGCACUAAAACCAAACUAAUUACGUGCUGGGGAGAAAUACUGGACGUUUUACCUGAGAAACAUAACCAAAUAAAGACAAUAGUUCGAAAAAUUACCCUGAAAGUAGUAAACAAUAAUAAAAACCAACUUAAAUCAUCA